AUGGGAGACCCCAAAAACCCACUACUGUCCAAGGAUGGAGACAUAAUUAUUGGAACUCUUAUUUCAAUCCACAGUAAAGAAACAUUAUCUUCAUCUGAGUUUACAAGAAAACCUCAGCUUAUAUGCUCCAGUGUGAAUCUAAUAGAUUUACGACUGGCUCAAAUCAUGAUCUUUGCUAUUGAAGAGAUUAACAGAAGUGGAAAUUUGCUCCCAAAUGUUUCCAUUGGUUAUAAAAUCUAUGACACUUGUGCUUCAAGACUAUCUUCUAUGAGUGCAACUAUGGCAGUGAUGAAUGGUCAGGAGUUUGCAGCAGGAGACAGAUGCAAUGGACAGUCUCCUAUAAAUGCUAUUAUAGGGGAAACAGAGUCCUCUGCCACAGUGAUUUUGUCCAGAACCACAGGACCUUUCAAAAUUCCAAUAAGUCACUCAGCCACGUGUGAGUGUCUCAGUAAUAAGAAAGCAUACCCUUCAUUCUUCAGGACCAUUGCUAGUGAUUAUCACCAGAGCAGAGCACUUGCAUACAUAGUCAAACACUUUGGCUGGACUUGGGUUGGAGCUGUGAACAGUGACAAUGAUUAUGGAAACAAUGGAAUGGCCACAUUUCUGAAUACAGCGCAGGAGGAGGGGAUUUGUGUCGAGUACUCUGUGAAAUUUUACAGAACAGAGCCUGAAAAACUCCUAAAAGUGGUAAACAUCAUAAAACAAAGCACCGCAAAAGUCAUUGUUGCAUUUCUCACCAGUUUUGAAAUGUACAAUCUACUUGAACAGCUAUAUAUUCAGAACAUUACAGGCAUCCAAAUGAUUGGUGUAGAGGCAUGGAUAACAGCAAAGAAUUUGAUCAUACCACAGAGUUUUCAAGUGCUGGGAGGUUCACUAGGGUUUGCAGUAAGAAAUAUUAAAAUUGAAGGGUUUUUAGAUUAUGUAAUUAAAGAAUUUGGAGAAACACAGAAUUACAUUGAAGAUGUGGUUGAGGCUUUAAAAAAAGUAAAUUUCACUGUAAAGUUUGGCGAUCAUGUGUGGUUUGACAGCACUGGUGCUACAGUAGCCCAGUAUGAAGUUGUGAACUGGCAGCAGGACUCAGGGUCUGUGUGCAGUGAGAGUUGUCCUCCAGGCACAAGGAAGGCUGCACAGAAAGGAAGACCUGUCUGCUGUUAUGACUGUAUUACAUGUGCAGAUGGAGAAAUCAGUAAUGAGACAGAUUCAAAUAACUGCCAGCAGUGUCCAGGGGAAUACUGGUCUAAUACUGAGAACACUGAAUGUAUGUUAAAGGCUGUAGAGUUUCUGUCAUUCACAGAAGUUAUGGGUAUAGUGUUAGUCUUUUUCUCUCUGUUUGGAGUAGGAAUAACUUUACUGGUGGCCAUCCUGUUUUACAGUAAGAAGGACACUCCCAUAGUAAAAGCCAACAACUCAGAGCUGAGCUUCAUGUUGCUCUUCUCAUUGAUUCUGUGUUUUCUCUGUUCACUUACUUUCAUUGGUCGCCCCACUGAGUGGUCCUGUAUGUUGCGUCACACAGCGUUUGGGAUCACUUUUGUCCUCUGUAUCUCCUGUGUUCUGGGGAAAACAAUAGUGGUGUUAAUGGCAUUCAAGGCCACACUUCCAGGAAGUAAUGUCAUUAAAUGGUUUGGGCCUGCGCAACAGAGACUCAGUGUUUUUGCCUUUACCCUCAUUCAAGUUCUUAUCUGCGUGCUUUGGCUAUCAAUAUCUCCUCCUUUCCCCUAUAAAAAUAUGAAAUAUUAUAAAGAAAAAAUCAUUUUUGAAUGCAGUCUGGGUUCUACUAUAGGUUUCUCUGCUGUGUUGGGUUAUAUUGCUCUUCUGGCUAUCUUGUGCUUUAUUCUGGCUUUUCUGGCUCGGACGCUGCCUGAUAACUUCAAUGAAGCUAAAUUUAUCACAUUCAGUAUGCUCAUAUUCUGUGCUGUAUGGAUCACAUUUAUCCCAGCUUAUGUCAGCUCUCCUGGUAAAUUUACUGUAGCUGUGGAGAUAUUUGCUAUUUUAGCCUCAAGCUUUAGUUUACUACUUUGCAUAUUUGCACCUAAAUGUUACAUCAUUCUCUUUAAACCAGAACAAAAUACUAAGCAGCAUUUGAUGGGAAAAAACACAAACUAA